AUGUUUCCCGGAGGCCCGAACCCCUCUAAGAUCCAGACCGCAACUGGAGGCUCUCUGGCGCCGCUCGUCCUAAUCCACGACGGCGGCGGCACGACCUUCUCCUACUUCUUCCUGGGCAACCUCAACCGCGAUGUCUGGGUCAUCCACAACCCUCACUACUGGUCGGGCGAGAAGGUCGAGGGCGGCAUCGACGCCAUGGCCAAGAGCUACAUUACCCUCAUUCGCAACGCGGGCCUCCGUGGCAAGAUUUUCCUUGGAGGCUGGUCGCUGGGCGGCUAUCUCUCCCUCGCCAUCGCACGUAUGAUCGCAGACGACCCGACAGCCCUCUUCAGCGUCCAGGGAAUCGUCAUAAUCGACUCCCCGUUCCACGUCCCCUACGACCGCCUCAGCUCCCCAGUCAUCGACCCCCCCAUGAAUGACCUGCCCAAGCUGAUCCAGACCUGCUUCGCCCACUGCGACGACUACCUCAAGGACUGGGAGCCGCCCGCGUUCACGGCCCCGACAAACGGCGGCAAACCGCUCUCCAUCGUGCUGGGCCCUCAGAUAUUCCAUCUCCAGGUCAACCAGAGCCUGCACCAGCCCCUCACCGGCAGGUGGGAGCUGCACCAGAGCAAGCCGUUCGUGUUUAAGGACCCGAACCCGGCCAAGGCCAUCUCGCCGCCGCCGACCGCCCUCAUCCGGUGCACGGAAAGAUCCAUGGCGCCUCAGGGCGAGGAGGUUCUCUGCACCGUGGAUCUGUACCGCAAGGAGGAGCUGCUGGGCUGGGGGGAGGGGCGGUAUCCCGACUUCAUCAAGAUCGCCAUGGAUGUCGAGGCGGCGCAUUUCGAUAUUUUCGAUCGGGAGAAUGACAAGCGGCUGGAAGUGGUAACAAGCAAGCUGGAUCAUGCCCUGCGGGCCUUUGACAUGCUAAAGUGA